AACAGCACUAGCGCUAGCUCCUUUCCUUGUAUAAAGAGAGAUUGCGCAAGCUCUGUUCUCAUUUCCCUGUCUAAAAACUGAAGAAAAACAGAAAAACCCUAAUUCAUAACCUAAUUGUGUUACCAUUAUCAUCGAAAUGGAAGACUCUCCUGUUAAGAGGAAUUCACAGUCUCUUUCCCCAUGGAGAGAACAGUCGAAGUCUAGGUCAAGGUCCCAUUCCAGGUCUAGGUUGAGGUCAAGAUCAAGAUCAUUUUCCCCUCAGCCUAGGCAUAGAUCACGGUCUCGAAGUCGUGGCAGAUCAAGAUCCAGAAGCCAUGGCAGAAGCGAAGCUGUAAACCCCGGGAACACACUUUAUGUGACUGGGUUGUCUACGAGGGUAACACAGAGGGAUUUGGAAGAGCAUUUUUCUAAGGAGGGAAAGGUUGCUUCAUGUUUCCUAGUUGUGGAGCCCCGUACUCGUAUAUCUCGUGGUUUUGCUUUUGUUACAAUGGACAGUGCAGAGGAUGCCAAUCGGUGUGUUAAGUAUCUCAACCAAUCAGUUCUAGAGGGACGAUAUAUUACAGUGGAGAAGUCACGGAGGAAACGACCAAGAACACCAACACCAGGACACUAUCUCGGGCUGAAAAGUAAUAGGGAUUAUGGUCACCGUGGCGGCGAUCGUGGUGGUGAUCGAGGCGGCGAUCGUGGUAGAUAUCGUGGCCGCGAUAGUCGUGAUGACUAUCAUAGGUCUCCAAGGCGUUCUCCUUAUCGUGGGGGUCGUGACUAUUCUCCUAGGCGUUCUCCAUAUGGUGGAAGAUCAAGAAGGGACAGAUCUAGAUCACCGUAUGCUUCUCCUUAUCAUGGAUCUAGGUAAGGCUGUUGAGCGAGUUAUUUUGCAUAGGAUGUCAUGGUAUGUAAUGAUAUAUAUAUAUCACUGGAACUUGAGCAGCUGGCUCUGUUGUUUGUUUUAUAUGACCUGUUGUUCAAUUUUUAUGCGUUUAGGAUGCGUCUAGUUGCGUGUGGGCACUGAACUUGUCAAUUAAGCAGUUUUAUUUCAAUGAAAAAAAUAGUAUGAUUCUGCGUUGGGUGAAA